UUUUGUGUUAGGCCUACUCCUCCAAAGCGGGAGAAAAUUAAGAGCUCGGCGCAGAGCACACGCCACCGUCUACUGCAGGAUUGAGAGGCGCAAUCACCGGCACUGAGGUUCGAAGUGACUACAACGGGGAAAAGAACCAGCCAGUAAGCGUUGGUUAGCCCAUUGCCAUGGAGGGCGAGGUCGUUUCCAUGGAAUCGGCUCAGGCCGCUGCCCUGGCCGCUGACGGAAAGGUCCUAGCGGAGGGCGGAGAAGCUCUGAUACAAGCGGCGCAGGGAGAAGUGGCCGGUGACAUGAACAUGAUGGUUAUGGACGCGCUGGAUCCCACUCUGCUACAGAUGAAAACAGAAGUGUUGGAGGGAGGCGGCACGGUGACGGUUACCGGGGGAGACGAGGGUCAGAUCAUCACACUUCAGGUGGUGAAUAUGGAGGAGCAGGCCGGUGCCGCGUUGGGUCUCGGUCAGCUUCAGCUGGUGCAGGUCCCGGUCACAACAACAACUGUAGAGGGGCUCCAGGCCACUUUUGUUGAGGCAUCAGGAGCUAACAAGGAUGCAGAACCGGUUAUCUGCCACACUCUUCCUUUGCCUGAGGGCUUCCAGGUUGUAAAAGUGGGAGCAAAUGGUGAAGUGGAGACUGUAGAGCAGGAAGAGCUCCAAGCAGCCCACGAUGAGCUCCAAGCAACACAGGAGGAGGAAGAGGAAGAUGACGAAGUGGUUGAACCUGAAGCUGCUGCUCCUCAGCAAGAAGACCCAGAAUGGUCAAAGGAUCCAGAUUACCAGCCCAUCGCUGCUGUCCGCAAAGGGAAAAAGGGCAAAAAGAGCCGACUUCGCUAUGCAGAGGGAGAUCGGGACAUGGAUGUUUCUGUGUACGACUUUGAGGAAGAACAGCAGGAGGGGCUCCUGUCAGAGGUCAAUGCUGAGAAGGUUGUCGGCAAUAUGAAGCCUCCAAAGCCCACCAAGAUCAAGAAAAAAGGUGUGAAGAAAACUUUCCAGUGUGAGCUCUGUAGCUACACCUGUCCAAGACGUUCUAAUCUGGACAGACACAUGAAGAGCCACACUGACGAGCGGCCGCACAAAUGUCACCUGUGUGGCAGAGCCUUCAGAACAGUCACGCUGCUGAGGAACCACCUGAACACACACACAGGCACCCGGCCACACAAAUGCACAGAUUGUGACAUGGCGUUUGUGACCAGUGGAGAGUUGGUGCGCCAUCGUCGCUACAAACACACACAUGAGAAACCCUUCAAGUGUUCAAUGUGCGACUACUCCAGUGUGGAGGUGAGCAAGUUGAAACGGCACAUCCGCUCUCAUACUGGGGAGCGGCCGUUCCAGUGCAGCCUUUGCAGCUACGCCAGCAGAGACACCUACAAGCUGAAAAGACACAUGAGGACACAUUCAGGGGAGAAGCCCUACGAGUGUUACAUCUGCCAUGCCCGUUUCACACAGAGCGGCACCAUGAAGAUGCACAUUCUGCAGAAACACACAGAAAAUGUGGCCAAGUUCCACUGCCCCCACUGCGAUACGGUGAUCGCUCGCAAGAGUGAUCUAGGUGUUCACUUGCGGAAGCAGCACUCGUUUAUCGAGACGGGGAAGAAAUGUCGUUACUGCGAUGCUGUGUUUCACGAGCGCUACGCUCUGAUUCAACACCAGAAGACUCACAAGAACGAGAAACGUUUCAAGUGCGACCAGUGUGAUUACUGCUGUAGACAGGAGCGUCACAUGAUUAUGCACAAGCGUACACACACAGGGGAGAAGCCAUUUGCCUGUAGCCAGUGUGAGAAGACUUUCCGUCAGAAGCAACUUCUGGAUAUGCACUUCAAGCGUUACCAUGAUCCAAACUUUGUUCCCACUGCCUUCGUCUGCAGCAAGUGUAGCAAGACCUUCACUCGCAGGAACACAAUGCUGCGUCAUGCGGAGAACUGCAUGGGUGAAGCUGGUGGAGACGAAAACGGAGACCCAUCUCCCAAGAAGGGACGGCGUGGCAGAAAAAGGAAGAUGCAAAGCAGAAGGGACGAUGAUGAUGACGACGACGAUAACACUGAAGGAGAACUGGAUGAAGUAGAAGACGAGGAAGAUGACAUGCUAAAUGAAAUCGAAGUGGAACAAGCCGAACCAGUUGUCCCAAUUCCUGCACCAGUCGAACCCCCGGUGAAGAGGAAACGCGGACGCCCCCCGAAGAACAAGCCUGACCCUGCUGCCAUCAUCCGUGUGGAGGAUGAGGUCACAGGAGAGGUGGAUGACAUCAUCGUAAAGAAGGAGGUCGGCGCGGAGCAGGAAGAGGGCGCCAUGGAGGAGGUGGUGGUUGGCGGCGUCAAGUCGACCAUUCAUUUGGAGGAGCUGUCUCAGGUAGAAGGAGCGGAGGUGCAGAUGAGCGAGGCCCCGCCCAACGGAGACCUGACCCCCGAGAUGAUCCUCAGCAUGAUGGACCGAUGAUUUAUGUGAAGGUGGAAUCCGUAAAAAAAAAAAAAAACACCCAGCAGAUCUUUGGUUAAAUCUUUAUUUUGAUUCUUGGCAUUUAGGAUAACAAAACCUUGCACCAUGCACAGAAAACAUCACUGUUGUAAUUUAAAAAUGUACUUUUUAAUAAUGUGUCGAUAAAGACUUGGGACAAGUGGGGGAGAAAAUGUUAAUAAGGAUUUAUCAAACCAAAAACAAAUUUUAGUACAUUUUAGUUUGAGGUGGCUGUAGUUUGUUGCAGUUUAUCUAUGGGUGAUUUGGUUUACAAAAAUAGUGUGUUAAUCCAUAUUAAUUGUCUUCAAAAAUAUCUGGAUGAGCUUUUUAACCUUUUGUAGGACAUUUCUUGCCAUUUUAGGCUGAUAUGGAGUGUGUAAAUAGAACCUGAAUAUUUAAAGCCCAAAUUUAAAAAUGUAAUUGUACGAACAAACGACUGACUCCAAUUACGGCCACUUCAAAUUACAAACCAUGGAGUAUCUUGAAUUUUUUUUUUCUUCCUAUGUGGUUAGUACAAUUUCUUUUUUUCUUAAAUCAUAUUCUAGUUUUUAAAAGCUUAAUAGACUGCUUAUCUCAUGCUCCUUUCCUGCUACUGUAAUACCUGUAGAAAAUGUGUAUGUACUAAACAUUGUCACAGAUGAGUGCAAAGAUAAAAACAACAAAAAAAACUAAAUAGUUUUGCUCUCAUGUGUAGUCAUUCCACAUUAGGUUAAUGUUUUUCUUUUUGUACUAUUGGCAAAGCUACAUAGCAGCUUGAAUGACCUUUUAAUAACUGGCAGUUGAGAACAGAUGUAUGACUGUACAACCAAUAAAAGUAGUCAUGGGACUGAUUGUUAAGUUUCUGCAGUUGUAAUGAUCUAUAUUUUUAAAGGAACUGGUUUGGCUCUGCUGAUAUGUUAGUACAGUUGCAGCAAGAAUUCACUUGACACAUUUUGUUAAAUUGGCUGGCUGGGGGAGAAAAAGCAACAAAAUGAAAAAUGUCAACAUAUUUUGCUUGCAAAUAUAUUUUAUUAAAUUGGAAAGCCUGA